AUGGGGUGGGGCGCGCGCAAGCGACUCCUUCCCUCCCGGCCAGGCUGCGCGCCAAGUUGGGACAGGAGGGGGGAAAUGAUGGGCUCGGAGGACGGCAGGAAGUGGCCAGAAAGAGAGGCACUCACCGUUGUAGGGAAGGGCCUGGGAAGAGCAGAGUUCCUGUCCCCAAAGCGAGCCGAAAUGAGGUCCCCAGAGUGGGGCCCCCAGAGUUCGAAAAUGAAGACAGUGCGUUUCUCUUUGGACCCCCUAGGAGCGAGGAAGGGAGCCGAAAGGGAACCGGCAGCUAGGGCUUAUUCGGCAACCGGCAAGGUUCAGCCGAUCCAGGUUGGACCGGCCGGGGCUGGGGUGAGGUGCGACCCCCAGAGUUGCUGGGCAGCGCCAAGACCCAAGGAGCACAAAAUAGAGAAAUUGCGAAAACCUUCCGCAAGGGGACGCCAUUUCCGCGUGGCGCAGGACCCUAGCACUACUAGCGCUGCCGCCUCGGCAGUCAACCUCUGUGAAUCACACGGGGACCUUGGAGAUGAACUCUUGGAUUCCCAGAGCAAGUUUGCCAAGGACUCUGGGAGUUCCACUGCACCGUCUGUUAGUUUAAUAAAUAUAAUUUUCAAGCCACAGAUGCUAACAAAGUCAGAGACGACCUUUAAAGAAAAGACCAUGACGGAGCUGAGGAAGGUGAACAGCCGAAUAAAAGAAACUCGAAUGCAGCAAGAAUCAGUAAUGCAGGAAACUGAGCAGCUAUACAAUGAAAAGUUACUUGUCCAGACUGAAAACCAAUUCUUUCAGGAAUACCUAGACAAGGAAAUUGAGGAGUACAGAAAGAAGCCUGAAGAGCUAUGGGAACAUUAUUUACAAAAAAGUGAGGAGAUUGAACAAAGGAGACAAGAAUCAGCCUCCAGAUAUGCAAAACAAACCUCAGUGUUUAAAGGGGAGCUCUUGCAGAAGGAAAACCUCCAAUCCAAUUUAAAGCAGCAGUUGCAGGCACUGAGGGAUGUUUCCCUAGUAAAGGAGAAACAGGAGAGAGAAAUACAGAUGUUACAGGAGAAGAAAAAGGAAGCCCAAGCUGAGAUCGAUGCAAAGAAAUUGGAAGUCCAGCUCCAGAUGGUCCAGGAAAAAGCAUUACUGGAAAAACAACUGAGUGAGCCAGACCCGAGGCAGUUGGGAAAAAGAAAAAGAGAAGAGCUUGAAAGGAAGGCCCAGGCCUUGGAGGCAGGAGCAAAGCAGUAUACUUUUGAGUUCUACCAUGACAUGAGGAGAGAGAACCAGCAGUUAAAGAAGGAAUUACAGCAGCAAACUCGGCAGUGCCAGGAGUUGGAGGCUAUUAGGAGCUGGCUCAAAAAUCAAAAGCGGCAGCUCCAGCAGGAACAGUGGUAUAUGGACUGCUUAGUCCGGGGGAGGAACCGACUACAGGGAAGGCAUAACCCGUGCCCAGGACAGGGUGCUCCAAAGACCACAAUAACACCUCUCCUAAUCACCAAAUCAAAUAUUAAUCCAAAGCAAUUCCCAAAACACUGAUUAUAUAAGGACUGGAGUAAGAAUUCUCACAUGCUAUAUGGACCUGGUUAGGAAGGCUUUGGGAUCUGACUGCUAUGGUAAAACAUCCAUCAUGAUGUGUUAGUGUGAAAGAUUAGGUGUGAAAGAAAGAUUUUUCUUCCAAUAGUACUGCUAGGUAUUUGUGUGACUGGCAUCCCUUAAUUAGAUUUUCCUUUAAUUAAUCUUGUUGAUGAACAGGAUGUUCCUCAAAUCUCCGGAUAACCUGAUACCACUCCCUAAACACCUGUACUUCAAACUAGCUCAAGGAAACCACCUUGAGGAAAUGAAAGGAAAAGGGUUGUGUGACUUCAUCUAACUAAAUUAGAUUUCUUUAUAUAAAAAACACCUUAUAAGAAUAGCAUUUCAGAUUGACUUUAUAUAGUGCCUUCUGCUCUUUAAACAACCAAUUAUCCUCAUGCCUCUUGACCAGCUCCACACAAAGGCAAAGUGUUUUUUAAGCUUUUUCAAGUUCACAAGCAGUGGCCAAGCACUUCCCCCAGUUUUGUCAAGAGUGAAAAAGUAAACUGCAAGUCGGAGAAGAGCUAGGAAGAAAAAAAAGCACUGGGCAGAACGACCUUUUGUCUGACGCUCUGCCCCUCAACUGGGUAAAUUGAGAAGGGAAGAGCAGAAAGGGGAUGUAUAUUCGGUCAACUACUUUUGACAGUCUUUUCUGUGAAGAAACACUUCUGGCAUUAAUGAGGUGACUGAAUGCCUCUGCUUGUUUCAGGAAAAGAUAUCAAGAAAAGUGUUAAACUAUUCGGAAGACUUUUUUAAAGAGUCUUAUGAUAUCUAUUUCCCUAACACUCUAAAUUCUAAGAUAACAAGAUCACUUAAUUAAGUUAACUAUAAUAGGUACUUCAGUUUUAGGUCACUUAUUACAUUUUCUUAUUCUGUGUGCACUUGAUAGUACAUGAAAUGCCUUUUUGUAAUUAAUAUGUGCCUUGUAUUUGUGUCUAUUUAGAACUGGAAACAAGAUUUUUAAUUAGUAUAGACGUUUAGUUUUUGAAAUUUUUUUGCACUAAAAAAUAUAAAAUAAACAUUUUUUACACUUCUGACAUAUUGAUGAUUAGACUAUUUGAAUGCUAAAUCCUAGUACAGGGAUAUAACCCCAUAUUUUAACAUCACUCCUCUAUGGGGAAAUAUAAUCCAACCUUAUGUUUUCUAGAAAUUGUCAGUGAUAAGAAACUACAAAAUAAUUUUCAUGAAUUUUGUUUUAUUCCUAUGUAAAAUGAACUUAAAAUUGGCUUAAAAAAUUUUUUCUCCCUCAAUGCCUUUUACCUCUAGCUUUAACAAUUUUGUUAAAUGUGUAUUGUUAUUAAAAAUAAAAUGUAUAUUAAAAUAUCUGUUGAUUUUUUUAUUUUUCCAAUGUAAUGUAUUUUCUACUCCAUCACUCCUCUCUCUACUACUUCUGCAAGUCUUAUUCUUACAAAUGUGCACAUAACAAAACCACAAUUUCAACGCAGAAGAGUAAUAUUUUAGAUAGUAUGCAGGUUCCUUAACUUGAAUACUUCAGUUCUUGAGCUGAAAAUACAGAAAGACUCAACUUGAAAAACAUGGUAACCAAGACAAAUUUGAAGCCCUAUUCUCUGUGGAUGCAAAAAACCACAGAAAAAUAUAUACUAAGGCUGAAAAGGGGUUGGGAAAGUAGGAGUGAUCUAGAAUCUUACUCUGCUGUUAAUUUCCCUCCUGCCUUUACUGUUCCGAUGAUCCAAUUGGGAAGUGGAUAACUUCCAUCUCCUAUGUUUAUUUUUAAUUCCUAUCAUCCCAGAUAACGGAUCUGGUGUAUUGCUUUAUGGCUGUCCCUUUCAGAGUGAGGCCUCUCUUAAGGGCUUGAAGACUUUCGAGGGUGAAUCAUCUGAUAAAGAUAUUUUGAAAUCCAUACCUGCAAGUGAGCAUAGCUUGGCCAGGUACCAUGUCAGUCUACUUUUUGUCUGCUUUGCUAUGAAGAAAAUUAAAACAGGGUGAUGUUACAGAAAGUGCACUUAGAUGGAAAAGACCCCCAAGGGGAAAUUUAGGUUAAGACCUAAAUGAUUCAGUGAAGUCUACUGGACAAAAACCAGGGAAGAAGCCAUUUCAGGCAACGGAACAGUGAGUGCAAAGGCCCUAAAAUGGGAAUGAGCUUAGCAGGCUCCAGGAAGAGAAAGGUCAAUGUGGCUCAGGUGUAGCUUGGGGAAUGGUCAGAGAAUUUAGGUGGAGGGGAGGGAGAGGAAGCUAAACGGGUUAGCAGUGGGAGUGGCAGGCCCUGUGGGACAAGGAAAGGGAGUGGCUUGAAUUCUAAGAGCACUGGGAAAUUAUCAGGCUUUUAGCCCUUGAAUGAGGUCUGAUGGACAAUUUUAAAAACUCACUACAGCUGUUCUGGGAAGUGUAUCCAAGCCAGUAAAAAUCAGCAGGAAACAAUUAGGAAGCUAUUGUCGUCUAGGCAAGAGGUGAUGAUGGUUUGAACUGGGGUGGUUGAAAUAGAAAGUGAACAGGAGACAGGGGUAAGAGCAGACUACAGGGGAGAGGAAAAUGAAAGGUUAAGAAUGAAGCACAAAUGGGGCGCCUGGGUGGCUCAGUCGGUUAAGCAUCUGACUCCUGAUUUCGGCUCAGGUCAUGAACUCACAGUCUGGUAUCUGUGCUGGAGCCUGGUUGGGAUUCUCUCUCUCCCUCUCUCUCUCUGCCCCUCCCCCACACACUUGUGCUUCCUCUCUCUUAAAUAAAUAAACAUUUUAAAAAAGAAUGAAGCACAAGUAAAAUUUCUAAAGUGAUCCCUUUUAAAAAGGAGAGGAGCAAUAAUUUGUGAGAGCUGAUUUUUCAAAUGAAGUCUUUCAAAAGAAAUACAUAAAAUGAAGUAUUUCAGACACACGAUAUAGAAAACUACAACAAACUCACUAUCCACCUUAAGAAAUAAGAACUUACAAAUUCACUGUAGUCCCUCUGAAUCCCAGAAGCACUGUCCUAAAUAUGGUGUUUAUCAUUUCUGUGCAUGUUUUCAUGCUAUAUAUAUAUAUAUAUACACACACACACACAUAUAUAUACAUAUAUAUUAAUAUAUAUUAUAUAACAUCUACAUUUCCAUAAACAAUAUGGAAUAUUUUUACCUGUUUUUAAACCUCACAGAAAUGGUACGCUUGAUGUAUUCUGUAACCUGCUUUUCCCAUUUUUAAGAUGUAUUCAUGAUACAAGCCCUAGUUAAUUUCACAGCUAUACAGUAUUCCACUGUAUUUACCUCUUCUGAUGAUAGACAAUUAAAUUAUAUAGUAGAGUAAGCUAACAAAGAGACCCAAGCAUGUAUAAUGUCUCAAAAAACAGAUUUUUUUUUCUCUUUAAUAGUGUUCCUGGCUAGCAAUUAGUCCUUCAUGGGGUGAUUCAGGGCAUCAACCAUUUUCCAUUUUGUGCUCUACCACCCCCUAAAGCCAUUUUAUUAUCUUCAUAUGGCCCGAUGAAGGGGAAAGAAAGCACAGAGGUGCCCUUUCUUAAAACUUCUACCCUGGAGGUAUCACACAUCACUCCCAUUCAUGUUCUACUGGAGAGUAGUUAGCUACCCUUCACUACAGGGGCAGGGGAUUGGAGGGCCGGGAACAUAAUCUAGCCAUUUGUCCUAUAAUCCUAGGGGUCUGCAAAGUGAGAGCAGAUUUUGGCAGACAGUUAGUAGACUCCGCUACAUCAUUCUUGUUUAUGUCUCCUGGUACACCUGGGCAAGAGGAUUUUCUCUGUAUAUACCCAGGAGUAAAACUGUCGAGUCUUAGAGGUGUAUUUUCAGCUCUACUAGAUACUGCCAAAUUGUUUCCAAAGUAAUUGUACCAAUUUAAAUUCCAAACCGUGCAUGAGAGUUCACAUUCCACACAACCUGGCUAUACCUGAUAUUGUCAAAUUUGUUAUUCAAAUGAAUUUUGUUUAAAAAACUUAAAAACUCAAUAGUAUGAUUAGGAUACUCCUGCUGAGUGAGACCUGGCCUCAGGAAGGAAAAAUUUUAAAAGUGCCUGCGAGGGUCCUGGAUGAGACUGGACAAGUUUUCUACACUAAUUCACUUUAAUCUCAAACAAAUUUAUUCACUAACCAGCAGACUUCAGGAGCUAAAGAACUCCUGAAUUUGCCGCAUUUGGAACUGAGACGCCGCAUUUGGAACUUAUUUCAAACCCACUCCCACGUUCAGCUGUUUUCUUACCCCCAUACACUUUGUCAGCAAGGAGUCAAAUAGCAGGUUGGAGUCAAUGAACUGGAAACAUCAUUCUAACCGACAGUCAUUUAUUUCUUUUGUCAUUGCCCAACAUUCCCCAAGUCUUACUCACCAGAAAUUAAUAUAGCUUCUUCAUUUCUCCUCCCUGACAAUCCUCAUCUACUGAAAGGGUUUUAAGGGUGCAACUGCCAAUGAAAAUGUAGAGUGGACAUACCAUGUCCUUCACUUGUUUCACAACUAUCUAUUUUGGCAGUCUCCAAAUCUGGUUUCAAUGCUCCCGUUUGAAAGUGGUCUUCACAAAAGCCCACAUUUUAAAGCUAUGUGGAGCAGCACAAAAUACAGAGUUAAAGAGUAGUAACAGCCUUUCAGAAUUUGAAAAGGUAGUGUUUAUCCAUAUCAGGGUUAAGGGCCCUUGCUUUUUAUGUGGCAUAUGCCACAAAAAUUGGCAAGAAUAUAUAAGACCAAUAUUUAUGGAAAAGGGGAAGAGAAUGUGGAAACACAACAACAGAGCUGGUCUAAACAAUGUUCCAGAGAAAGCCAGCCUUGAAGAGAAGUAGCCCACUAGACAUUAGCAGGUAGGCAUGAGGUACAGAAAAGGAAUUUUUCUUUCCAACUCCAGAUAAAUAUCUACAUCUGGUGACAAAGUCUCAAGAUAUAAAGAGGAUAGAACUCCACAUAUAAAAGAGGAUAGAGGACAAUAUUCUCAGAGAAUUCCAAGAGACAGAGGUUGACUAAAGGGAGGAAUAGACUUAGCACGGCAUAGACUAACAGGUAAGGUCAAGUCCAGGGGAGAAGGAAUGUGCACCUUGGCUGCCAGUCUUAGUGGCAUUACCAGGAACACUAGGAUUCUGUGUCAAAACAUCAAGUGCAAUGUGGUAUUUCUCAAUCCAUAAAACUGGGGGAGAAAACAAGCUUUAGGAGGGCACUGAUCAUAGCAACCAAUGAGGCCUCAAGCCCCAGGAAAGAUGAGGCAGUAUUUAUUGCUUCUUCUACUUCCUUCUUUCCAAUCAUUUUAGUGUUUGCGACAUUUUAAUGUUUGGGCUGCUUUUCAUGCCUGUGGGUCUAGUCAGUCACUGCUACUUGGGAUAAACAAAACAUUUCCCAGUAAAACCAGUGUAGCGAGGUUCUAGCUUUUUCAUCCUACAUCCAUUUUCUUACAUAUUGAGAGAACAAACAGCCUCCAUAAAAUCUGCUUCCCAAGGAGACAGGAUAAGCUUUUUACAUGAGUGACAACAGUUCUAGCUUCUAGGAUUGUUAAAUCACAAAUACAAAAUGGUAAAUCAGUAUGGUUUUAAAAAAUUAAUUUGGAAUUGUUUUAUAAGCAAGAUGAUGGAAUGACUACUAAUCAAUGGAGCUUCCAAGAACAUUCUAUAGCCCAGGAAGGAAAAGGACAACCAAACAGGUUUCUCAGUUUUGUACAGGGCAAGAGGGGCCCACAGUUGGCCUUAAGAGGGAGCUCUUUGGGCAAGAUAAGAGAAAAACAAGAGGACUCCAAUGAGGAAUAGCAGGAAAACCUACCAAAAAGGGAGUGGGGGGGGGGGGGG